CCUUUGACGCGCGAGCUACCCUCGUUCUCGUCCCACACGUACACACUGUUUGGAAUCAGUGGGGCUACUGGCUGUGCCCUGACCCAUUCUGUGGUUAUUCCUCUGGAUGUGGUAAAGACCCGAGCGCAAACGAAUCCCGACCAGUACAAAGGCGUUGUUGAUGCGGCCGUCAGUAUUGCUAGCACGGAAGGUGUCGGAGGUCUGUUACUGGGUGCUCAAGCUACACUGGCUGGGUACUUUUGGUACGGGCUAUCUGUGUACCCAUGUUAUACCUUAUUUAAACGCUCUUUGGCACAAACUGUGUUGUCGCCGGAAGUUGCGAUGGCGCACUCGACAGAAAUAGCGCUCGUCGCCGGUGCAUUGGCCUCAGUCGUGGCCAGCUUUGGUCUCACUCCCUUAGAAGCUGCACGGAUUCGGGCUGUGGCGGAACCCGAAACCUAUCGCGAGUUAGGAGUGAUAGGGACUCUGCGUAGAAUCGCAAACGAGGAUCCACAACAAGGUUGGAGAGCAACGUACGCGGGGCUCCCUUCGCUACUGACGCGCCAAGUUAUUUUUGGAUCCGUCAAGUUUUUGGCGUUUGAACGUGCAUGUGAGGCAAUCUUCACGGCGAUGCCUUCGCUCCGGGAUGCAACGUGGACGGCUCUAGGGGUAAGCCUCUUGGCAGGAGCUUUUUCGGGGGCUCUAUCUUCAGUCGUUUCGCAGCCUGCUGAUUCUGUCCUGACAUACGUCGCUCGGAAUAGCAGUGGGCGCCGAUCCAGUCUUGGUGUUAUUGAAGGUUCAAUGGUCAUGAUUGAAAAGGAAGGUGUCAGUGCUUUGUUUCGAGGACUUGGCAGUCGAUCAAUUUGGGCGUCAAGCAUUAUUGCAGGUCAAUUUCUACUUUACGAUGUAUUUCGAACCUACUUUGGCGUGAAUGCCGACGAUCUAUCACAAGUAUAUGAAGUCAUCCUGCCGAAUAUAAACUAA